AUGUUCAGCGCAAGUGCAAAGAUCGUGAAGCCAAACGGCGAAAAGCCAGAUGAGUUUGAGUCUGGAAUUUCCCAGGCCCUCCUGGAAUUGGAGAUGAACUCUGAUUUAAAGGCACAAUUAAGGGAGCUGAACAUCACUGCAGCUAAGGAAAUUGAAGUUGGUGCGGGUAGAAAAGCGAUCAUCAUCUUUGUUCCAGUUCCACAGUUGAAAUCUUUUCAGAAGAUUCAGGUGCGACUAGUGCGUGAGCUGGAGAAGAAGUUCAGUGGCAAACAUGUGGUCUUCAUUGCUCAGAGAAGGAUUCUUCCUAAACCAACCAGAAAAAGCCGCACCAAGAACAAGCAGAAGCGUCCCAGAAGCCGCACCUUAACUGCAGUCCAUGAUGCCAUUUUAGAAGACCUUGUUUUCCCAAGUGAGAUUGUGGGCAAGAGAAUCAGAGUGAAACUGGACGCCAGCCGACUCAUUAAAGUUCAUCUGGACAAAGCUCAGCAGAACAAUGUCGAACACAAGGUGGAAACUUUUUCGGGCGUUUACAAGAAGCUCACUGGCAAAGAUGUUAUUUUUGAAUUCCCAGAGUUCCAGCUGUAA